GGUACGUUGUGAUUUUUAUAGUGCUUGUGCUGUCCAUAUUCAACAUGGAAGUAAAAGAUGAAAAUACACCUGUUUUACAAGCAAAAGUUUUAAAUGGGGAUGGUGACCUCAGGAGGACAACACCUGGACAACCAUUAAAACCUGUCAAUGAUGAGCGUAGACUUUCAUCCCAAAGGGUUUGUUCGGAUUGGUUUCUUUUUUUAAAAGUGCAUUUUUGUGAGAAAAGUCUUCAAUGAACAGUAUAUAGUAUCCUAUGAUAUUAUUCUUAAAUAUGUAGUAUCAUUGCAAGGCAGUUAAAACAUUAGUUUGUCGAUCAUUUUUAAAAAUUUAAGUCUAAAUAAGUUGCUUACAGGGCCCAUACAAUUAAAUGUCUUUCCCAUUUGUCAACAGAUGAAAACUACAUCACCAACAAAAGUUACUCCAUCAAAUUCGCCAUAUACUUAUAUAAGACAACUAGACUCUGCAGAGAGAUGGAUUGAACGUACUAGUGUUCUUACCAAACAAGACCAUGCUCUAAAUCUUCAUCAUGCUAGUAGUAUUUUAGAAGAGAUUGUGAAUUCCUUGCCUAUCUCAAAUGUUUCCAACAGCUGGCAAGUAGCUAAUUGAUAUUUUACUGCUUAGUACAAUAAAAUUUCUACUUUGGCUGAGCUGGGUGCAGUUUUUUUACACCUUAUCCUGUUCGAGUAUUUUGAGACAAUGUCCGGCGGGUCCAUCUUUUACUUUUAAAAAAAAAAAAGUUAUCUUCUCAUAUUUUAAAAUGUGUUCCACCCGAUGGGGAGAAGUGAAACGUGCAUGUAUAGAACCAGUAGUGAUCAAGACAGCAUCAACAUUGAAGGAUUCUAAACACUAAUCGUUCAGGUUUAAGUUUAAUGCAAUCCUAACCUAGUGUUUCUCAACCUUUUUAAUGCCGCCACCUCAUAACAUUUGCCAAGUUGUGGCAACCUACAACCAGAAUUAUAGCUUGAUGUGGGUGUGUGGACCAAAAAGCAUUUUUUAAAAAAUAAAAUCCUAUAAAUAUAAAGUAAUUUUUUGUAAAAAUGAAAAGAAACUUACAAAAGUUGUAUAUAAAAUAAGCUGUCAACAUCUACGAUAUAGUUUUUAUUUUAUAAAUCUGUUGUCCAUGUCUAAAUUACGUCUAAAGAUUUACAGGUUCUAUACAUGCACUUUCAUAUUUUUUUUUUACAUCGGUGGAACACUUAAAGAAAAUGAGAAGAUAGUUUGUUUUGAUUUUUUUGUUACGAUCCGGACUUAGUUCAGUUUUUUUGUUUUUUUCUGGGUGUGUGCCGAGUGUGCUAAUACUCUGUAUUUCUGUGUGUCUGGGUAGGUACCCAGCUCAUACUAUAUCAGACCUGUUUACUCACAAACUCUUAAAUUCGUACAAUAUCAUCACAAAAAUCGUUCAAUACAUUAUCUUAAUUAUAAUAGUAAAAAAAUAAACAUACAGAAUACCAGUAUAAAAUGUAUACACUUCAAAAUCAUACAUUGUACUCCAAAAUCAUUAGAGUAAACAGGUCUGCUAUAUGUCUACUCUGCUCAAAAGGCUCUGGCAUUCCUAUCAUAUUAAAAUCUUAAAGCAACACAUUUAUUCAGUGUAGUUAGUACUUUUUUUGUUUUAAGCUGAAAUUAAGAAAAUCUAAAUUUGGGAUUUUAACCAGGGUGACAUUUUCUGCUAUAUACCUGUUCUUAUAAUUUGACAAUGAUAUUUGCCAACUCUGGAUACAAAUAGGUUUGCUUCCACCAAUGAUUUCUUAACAACCACAAACCUAGUGCACCAUUGUGCUUUCCUACUCUGUUUUUGUUCAAUGUGAAUUUACAUAAAAUAAAUACCUUUUUGUAAUGUACAAGAAAACAGGUUUUUACUUUGCAUGUUAAAAAUAUUUUAAUAUUUACAUUGUUCGGAUUUUAAUGGCAAAAAUUAUGUAACAUUUUAGGAUCAAUGAGGAACCAGUUGGAAAAGAUGACACUAUCCCACAGCACAAUCAAGACUCUCAAAUUUCAGUUUCAAACAGUUUUGUAGAAAUUGACGAAUUAGCAAACCUUUUGUCGGAUUUGGCCUUGUCUGCUUCAUUUUCAACUAACCCCCAUGCUGAAAAUCCAGUACCUAAAAAACCUGGAUCAAAGUCUGUCUCGACACUUAAGGACUCUGCUCUGAUGAAAAAGGUUGAUGCCAUUGAUGACGAGUCAAAGGAGAAUUUGAGUUUGAGAAAUCCUGCUGUUGACCGCCACUCAAAAUCACAUUUAAGCUGCGCUUCUUUAACUGCAAAGAACAUAGACAGUGAUCUUAAGGUAGCAAAAGAUGUGGAAAGAGAACAGUUAGAAAAGCAACCUGAGUCUAAGGACCAGGUAAUAGUGAAACAAGGUAAUCCAUCGGAUCCAUUACAUUCUUGCAGUCAGAUUCCAAGACAAUCCCGACAUGAUAAUCAAG